AUGGAAUCACUUCAAGAGCAGACAUGGCUGGACAAGCUGGACGAACUGCUGAACGUGGACGUUGACUGGAUGGAUCCUGAAUACAUCAAGAACAUGCCCAUCAAACCUCAUGACCAGACAAGCAAUCAACUCUGGGUAAAUAUUGAGUUGCACCGCCCCAGUAACGCCCAACUACUGCAAAAAGUUGCUCAGGAACUCAAAGAUGAGGGGUGGUUGGCGGUCUAUACCCGAAUUUCGGUUUUGAUGUGUAAGAAGAACAUUGACAACAUCCGAGGCCGUGUACUACUGCAGACAAUUCCAUCCAAAGCGUAUGAUACCCAGGCGACGGUUGACCAUGCACGGCUAUACGAUAAAGAGUUUGCACAGGCCGGUAUAGGAAGAGAUCGGUAUUGUAUCAAAAUCCCAGCAACGGGCCCAGCAUUGAAUGCAGCCAAGAUGCUAUCGCAAGAAGGAAUUCCGACGCUGGGAACCGCACUGUUUGGUCUUCAUCAAGCUAUUGCUUGCAGUCAGGCGGGUUGUCUCUACAUCAGUCCAUAUUACAAUGAAAACCGCGCCCACCGCGACCUCAGCGUCUGGCCAGACGUCCAAGAUCCUGCUACAGAACACCCUAACAGUCCCCGUAUUAUUCACAUUCUCGAGACGUAUAAACGCCUUUAUAAGGAAACUGGCAAGGAGCAGCCAUUCGUGAAACUCGCAAGUUUCCUCAGCGCAAAGGAAGCGAUGGCAGCGGCAGAGAUGGGCUGUCACUCUGCGACGAUCUCUCACACCUUGCUGGACCAGCUCGCCAAGCUGAAGUACAACGUAUCCGAACAGCCAGGCGAGGGUACCCCCAAGCUGGAGCAUCCUUAUAAGAAUCCGGGGCCCACGCCCACUCGACUUGCUGAGCUGGUAAAAAUUGACCCUUUGAUGGCGAAAUGGGACGGCAAGCUGGCCAGUACAAGCAUCGAUUAUCUCGUGAACGGAGGCGCCGAGCUUGAGAAAGCAAUCCAGAAUGACCCCAUAGCGACGAACAGGCUCGCGUACGCCCUAAAACUCUUCAUCGGCGACGAUGAAAACGGCGAGACGAGCAGCAGGAAAAAAUGCGAGGAGGCACUGGCCCAGGUCUAA